AUUAUUCAAGAAGAAUAAAAUACAAUUAAUCCCAAGCCACCAAAUAUGGCAAAACGCCAUUUUAGUUCCCUUUUUUAUUUCUGUUAUCAAAACGUUACAUGAAGCUGAUCAUUGUUACAUCCAACACAAUUAACAAUUCAGAUUCUUCUCUCCAGUCUCCAACACCAACCCCCUAGACUCCAUGGAAGACCAGCGACCAACAAAGCCAUCACCAACAACGAAGACCUACAAGCUCACUGCCACUUCAAUCUCCUACACUAAAUCCACCACCACCACCACCACCACCACCACCUUUGCUGUACCACUCUUACUCUUCAAACAUUGCACAACAACCCCACCAACCUACAUCCUCAAAGACGUCUCCUUAACUGCAUACCCUUCUGAAAUCCUUGCCAUUGUUGGCCCAAGUGGUGCAGGAAAAUCCACCCUCUUAGACAUUCUCUCUGCUAGAACACUUCCAUCACAUGGAACUCUUGAACUCAACAAUUCCCCUCUUAUUCCUUCCACAUUCAGAAAACUCUCAGCAUAUGUUCCACAACAUGAUGCAUGCCUCCCUUUGCUCACAGUGUCUGAGACUUUUGCAUUUUCAGCACACCUCCUCAAGCCUAAAACCUCUGACAUUGCAGCCAUAGUUUCUUCUCUUCUCAGUGAACUGAGGUUAACUCAUUUGGCACACACAAGGCUCUCUCAUGGUCUAUCAGGUGGAGAACAUAGAAGAAUCUCCAUAGGCCUUAGUCUUCUCCAUGAUCCUGCAGUGUUGCUCCUUGAUGAACCAACUUCAGGCCUUGACAGCACCUCUGCAUUCAAGGUCAUGCAGAUUCUCAAAUCCAUUUGCGUUUCACGUCACAGGACAAUUGUUCUCUCCAUUCACCAACCAAGCUUCAAGAUCCUCUCUUGCAUUGAUAGGAUCUUGUUGCUGUCCAAGGGUACUGUGGUCCACCACGGAAGCCUUGCAUCACUCCAAGCAUUCUUACACUCAAAUGGCUUUACCGUGCCCCAUCAACUCAAUGCAUUGGAAUAUGCAAUGGAAAUAUUAAGUCAAUUGAACGAGCUUAAGCCUAUUACUCCACCAAGCAUUCCUGAAUCACCUGAAAGUUCAUCAGCUGCAAGUUCCAUAUCUGAUAACAAUGGACAUAGAUCCAAAGAGAUAAUAAGGUACAAGAGCUCCAGAAUCCAUGAAAUAUGCACUCUAUAUGGCAGGUUUUUGAAGAUAAUAUACAGAACAAGGCAACUCCUUUUAACAAACACCUUAGAGGCACUUCUUGUAGGGCUUGUUUUGGGAACAAUUUACAUCAACAUAGGGUUUGAUAAGGAAGGAAUUGAGAAAAGGUUUGGUUUAUUUGCAUUCACCUUAACAUUCCUACUAUCUUCCACAACAGAAACCCUUCCAAUCUUCAUCAAUGAGAGGCCAAUCUUGCUUAGAGAAACAUCAAGCGGGGUUUAUAGGCUCUCAUCAUAUCUCAUUGCAAACACACUUGUUUUCUUGCCAUACUUGCUUGUAGUUGCAAUCAUAUACUCCAUCCCAGUCUACUUCUUAGUUGGUUUAUGUGCUUCUUGGAUUUCUUUUGCUUAUUUUGUUCUGGUCAUUUGGGUAAUUGUUCUCAUGGCAAACUCCUUUGUGCUCUUCUUGAGUUCCCUGGCACCUAACUACAUUGCUGGCACAUCACUAUUAACAGUGCUUCUUGCAGCAUUUUUUCUGUUCUCUGGGUACUUCAUCUCAAAGGAGAGUUUACCAAAGUACUGGCUUUUCAUGCAUUUUUUGUCCAUGUACAAGUAUGCACUUGAUGCAUUACUCAUCAACGAGUACUCUUGUUUGGCCACAAGGUGUUUGAUAUGGUACCAAGAGAAUCAAGUUUGUAUGGUAACUGGGGGUGAUGUGUUGCAGAAGAGGGGGCUCCAAGAAAGUCAAAAAUGGACCAAUGUUUACUUCUUGAUUGGGUUCUUUGUGUUGUACCGUGUGCUUUGCUUGUUGGUUUUGAUUAGAAGAGUUUCAAGGUCCAAAACUUGAACACGGUUCUAAAUUCAUGCGAAGAAAUUGUGAGGCUAAUGACAGUAUUAUCAAUGGCUGAAUUGAAAAUGUUAUAUCGUCCGAAUGUGCUUUUGUUUUUGUUUUUGAUUUGAAAUACAGCCACAAAGAAAGUUUAUUUUGUAGAUAUAUGAUGAUGAAGUUGACUACUCUUGAUUCUACUCUA